AUGCCCGCUUUCGACGGGAAUAAUAUGCCGGCUGCUCGUGGUGAUCCGGGUGCGGAUCGUGCAUUUCGGCAGCGCAGGUUCCACGCGCCUCCUCCGCAGCAGUCAAUCGAAACCAGCACAACCAUUGCCACAUCCCCACCAAGCGUGCAGACCCCUUUCGCCCACCCUCGAAGACAGUCCGGAUCCAUCACGGUGCCGGGUGCUUUGUUCGCCCCCAGCCCGGUGUCUGCGCAACUGGCGCUCUCACCAGUCACCCCGCUGCCAUGCCCACUAGGAUGGGAAUCCCUCCCGCCUUACGACGAAGUGGUGGAGGGUGUCCAGUGCCUGGCAACAUCCUUCUUCCAGCUUGGAUUUCUGGCCAAGACACUCUUCUUCGAGAGACUAAGGAAGGACCGGGAUUCUGUUAGCAUCUUCCUUCUUUGCAGCAUUUUGAGUGUCUCGGCUCGAUUCACACCUUCUUUGGUCAAGAGGUAUCAUGGAGGCACCAAUGCAACGCGAGCUUUCCUGGACAUGGCGUCCUGCUUCGCCCCGACGCAAAUGUUCACCUCGACCCUCGAUUCUAUCCAAGGCUUUUUCCUGAUGAGCAUCGCCGAGUGGGGAAACGGGGAUCAGAACAGAAGCCUGGUCUACAUGGGCAUAGCCAUCCGUCUCGCCGGCAUCCUCCGCAUGCAUCGAGAAGAGACAUAUCGCCUACCAGAGAAGGCUACGAGCGAGGAGAUUGUCUACUCCGAAGUAGCCCGGCGGACGUUCUGGAUGCUGGAGACCUUUGAAAACCUUCACUCCGGCUCAGACUCGCCCAUCGCCUUUUCCUAUGACGACAUUACUGCACUCCUGCCCUGCGACGAGAGGGACUUCGCCUUCGGCGUCCGGCCUCAGCAGCGAGCUGCGCUGUUAGGAACACCUCCGGCAACUCACGAUCCAAAGCUGACAAAGCUACCCACGAGGUCGCUCUUUGCAACACUCUUGCAGACGCAUAGUCUCUGGGGCCAAGUCGCGCGACUGGUCAGCGCGGAGGCCAUGCAGUUCGGAGACGGUGUCGAGUCAAGGAUAAGUGUCGAUGACUACGGCAACUUAUCUCAAGCUCUGAUGAAUUUUGAGAGUGAUCUUCCCCAGCAACACUGCUGGUCGGACUGGAACUUGCGUGGGUUCAAAGUGGAGGGUUUAGACCUCGCAUACCUCUCUGUCGUGAUGGUGCUGCGCCUGAGCAACAUUAUACUUAGGCGCAACUACCUACACUUCAUCCUAAGUUCGCGACGUGACACAGACUCCACGUCCUCCUCUUCAGAGCAGUCGAUAGCAACAGAGGCGUGGUCACCUGUCGCUGACCAACUCUUUGACAACAUGCUCAUGCUCCACGAACAAAUCAAUGCGUUCUUUGAGCACAGAAGUCCCGAUCAAGGCUACCCCGCACUCAUAGUGUUCUGCAUCUAUGUCUGCGGAUCGUUGGCAGUCCAUCUACAUCGACAGCCGCAACUAUGUCCUCGGGCUGCACCACAGGCAGUCGAGAUUCUCAGAACUUCGAUGGGAGGACUCGUGAAUCUACAAGCUGCCUGGCCUUUUGCGAGGAGAUGGUAUCUGGCGUUGUCUCAAGCAAGCGAACACAUACUCUUGGAGGAUUCGGCCAACCGUCUUACCGAGCAGUCGAUCAACGACGCGGGUUCAGGCACACGCAUGGAAGCCUCGAUUGGUCCAGCGCUUCCAAUGGAAGUUCAGUUCAACGACCCGUUGCCCACUGAGUCUAUGUUUGAAGCUUUUGAUAUGUAUUCGUGGGACGCGGUCGUACCCGUUGGCGGAGCAUGGGGCGGAUGA